CAUGCCGUGCGUCAGCCCAUGUUGAAAAUACAAACAAGCACACAAUCCCUGCUUUAAUAGGGUGUAAAUAAUGUCGUUCGAUACCUUCAUAGUUCAGAAUAUCAACUCAUAACGGCUUUAAACAGACUAAUGAAUAAUCGAAUUGUUUUAUAGAUUAGAUAAUAACUGACGAGGCGGUCCCAGCAGGCAUUCACCUGUACGUCAUUGAUUUCUGGCUGAGGGCGGCGUUGAAUGUGGGUUUUGAGCUCAUUUAUUGUAAGAAACACCUGCAGCAGAUGUUAAAGUUUUUGCGAAAAUAAUCAUAAGGAUGAAGAUUGAUAUUCAUAACCAUAUUUUACCUAAGGAAUGGCCCGAUUUGAAGCAGAUCAUUUGCAGCUUCAUUUGUAUGCAAGAGUCAACAGCCUCAGAUGGCAUGCACUCUGAGUUAUCCAGGGGGCUGGAGUGGAUAGUCCUCUAGGAACAAGAUUAAUCCCUCACAGAUGGGAUACCACAAUCAAUAUUGGCUUUUCAAUAGGGUCUGUGGGGAAUACUGACCCAUGUUCAAACACCAGCCAAGGUAAUCUAAUAUGCAAUAUAUAUUUUUAAGUAUGUGAUAUUAAAGACUGCACAGUUCUUUAUUAUGUGCUUGCAUGUGUUACAGAGGUAUGGAUAUGGUGGGUUUGUCCAGCUUCACCAUCACUGCAAAGGUGAAGCAAUGAUGAUGAAGGACGGAACACUCUUCCGAGUGAUUCAAGAAAACUGCUGGGAUGCAAAGGCACGCAUACGAGACAUGGAUCUACAUGGGGUGACGGUUCAAGCCCUUUCCACUGUUCCUGUGAUGUUCUCUUACUGGGCCAAGCCGCAUGACACACUGGAUCUAUGUGUCCUUUUAAAUGACAAUUUGGCCCAGACAGUGCGUUGCCACCCCACGAGGUUUGUGGGCCUGGGAACACUGCCAAUGCAAGCCCCUGACUUGGCCAUCAUGGAGAUGAGGCGCUGUGUGAAGGAGCUGGGCUUCCCUGGGGUGCAGAUUGGCUCACAUAUCAACACCUGGGACCUCAAUGCCUCUGAACUCCAUCCCUUCUAUGCUGCAGCAGAGGAGCUAGGCUGCUCCAUAUUUGUCCACCCAUGGGAUAUGCAGACAGAUGGGAGGAUGGCUAAGUAUUGGCUGCCCUGGUUGGUGGGCAUGCCACAAGAGACAACCAUGGCUAUUUGCUCGAUGAUAUUUGGAGGUGUCUUCGAGAGAUUUCCUAAACUGAAAGUCUGCUUCGCUCAUGGAGGUGGCUCUUUCCCAUUCACCAUUGGUAGAAUUGAACAUGGCCACACAGUCCGUCCUGACCUGUGUGCAGUCGACAACAACAUCAGUCCACGGAAAUACCUUGGUGCUUUCUACACAGACUCCCUAGUUCAUGAUCCCAUUUCCCUGAAGCUGCUCAUUGAUGUUAUUGGAAAAGAUAAAGUUAUGUUGGGAACAGAUUAUCCAUUCCCACUCGGGGAGCUGCAGCCUGGAUCACUGAUUGAGUCAGUGGAUGAAUUUGAUGGCACUCUAAAGGAUAAAUUGCUUGCUGGAAAUGCGCUGGAGUUUUUGGGCCUGAAACGUGAGCAAUUUGAGUAAUAUGAAAAUCACUGAUGCAUUCAUUGCAAAGACUGUAUUCCAAUAUUUGAUGGUUCAAAACUGUAAUAUUUUUGUUUGAAUCCAAUAUUGAGAAUGGAAGACAGAGGAAGGUAUUGUUAAUGUGCAGUUCUCAUAUAAUUUACAAAAAUUGUUUGUACAAACUUUAUUUUGUACUAAUAGAUCAUUUUUUGUUUUGCCAAAAGCCAAGUGCCAGUCACUGGCCUAUAGAUAUUCUGUGGAGAUGCAGCCUUUUUGUUCUUCCUUUACAGUAAGGCUAUACUGUAAUAACCCACUGUUUAAUCUUAGACAAUGCCAACAAGAGGAUACUAAUUGUUAAUGAACGGAAAGUGUAACAGAGAAUCUUUACCACUUAGUGUUUUUAGUGACACAUUUGCAGUUAAUCCUAAAUCCAGGGUUGCUCUAGUUGCCUUGAUAAAUAUUAUUCCAACCAUUCUAUUCUGUUAUUUUGAUCUCUCUCCUGAAGCAAUGAAGCAUAUUAUACACAUGAAGUAGAACGUGUGCAUUGUAUGCUCUACUUCAGAAAAGAUGUUAUGCAAGGAUUGCUCCUUUCUGAAUAAAUGACC